CAUGGCCUUGCAAUUCCCAUUGGCGGCAGUCCUAAUCCUAUUAUUGGCGGCUAGUACUACGACAACAGCAGCUGCUGCUCAAGCCCUCCCAGCUGACUGCCCAGACAAGUGCGGCAAUCUCACAAUUCCAUAUCCUUUUGGCAUGAAGGAGGGUUGUUACCUGCGAUCGCGAAAAGAAUUCUUUAUCAAUUGUAGCAAUACCACCCAACCACCAACACCAUAUUUGAUGAAAAAUGGGAAUGCCGUUGUUACUAACAUUUUCCUUGAUGAAGGUGAGUUGCGAGUGUUGAACUAUGUAGGGCGAGAUUGUUACGACGCAUCUGGUCGAAAUACGACUAACAGCCCUUGGCUCACCCUGCCUCUUCCAUAUACGAUCUCUGAUACUAAAAACAUAUUCAUUGCCGUUGGUUGUGACACUGUCGCAGCUUUACAAGGCUACCGAGUGGGAAAAAAUGGGUCGAGGUCGUUUACUGGGUGCAUGUCAGUAUGCGACAGCCUUGACAGUGUUGAUAACAACUCUUGCUCUGGCGCUGGGUGUUGCCAGACUCACAUCCCCAGUGGACUGUACAAUCUUGAUCUGAGUUUGGGUAGCUACUUCCGUCAUUCGUAUGUGUGGACAUUUAACCCCUGCAGCUACGCCUUCAUUACAGUGAAAGACCAAUUCAAUUUCAACUCUUCUAGUUUUGAACAACUGAAUGUCACUAAACAGCUUCCAAUUGUUCUCAAUUGGGCCAUUGGGAAUGACACAGACCCCUGUGAUGAAGCUCAACAUCGGGAGGAUUUCGCAUGCAUGGCUAAUAGCAAUUGCAUAAACCGUCCUAUUGAUGGGUCUGUAGGUUACUUGUGCCAGUGCUUGCCUGGUUAUGAAGGAAACCCGUACCACCCAGGUGGUUGCCAAGAUAUUGAUGAGUGCAGGGCUUUCAACCCCUGCCAGAACGGACAGUGCUUAAAUACUCCAGGAAAUCACUCUUGUUCAUGUCACAAAGGAUACAAAAACGACGGCAUGAAUGACAAGACUUGCAUCAAAGACGAUUCCGAAAGACACUCAAAGAUCGUUCUCCUGCUUAUGGUUUCAUUGGGUGUAACUAUGGGCUUCUUGGUUUUAUUCCUUGGAAUUUCGUGGACAUGUUGGGGAAUGAAGAAAAGAGAGUUCACUAAACUCAAAGAAAAGCACUUCAAAGAGAAUGGUGGCUUAUUGUUACUGCAACAACUCGAUCGUCAUGGAAGCUCGAUGAGGACAACAAAAAUCUUUCCUGCUGAAGAACUUGAGAAGGCAACAAACAACUACCAUGAGAGUAGAGUCCUUGGAGAAGGAGGUUAUGGAACAGUUUACAAAGGAAUACUACCGGAUGACACAAUGGUUGCCAUAAAGAAGUCGAAAGGUGGUGCCCUGACCCAGAGUGAUCAAUUUGUUAACGAGGUGAUUGUUCUUUCUCAAAUCAACCACAAAAAUGUGGUAAUGCUAUUGGGUUGUUGUUUAGAAACGGAAGUACCUUUACUAGUAUACGAAUUCAUUACCCAUGGCACUCUUUAUGAGCACAUUCAUAAAAAAGGAUCAUCACUCCCAUUUGAAUUACGAAUGAAGAUAGCAACUCAAAGCGCGGAAGCACUGUCCCACUUACACUCCUCAAUUUCCACACCAAUAAUACAUCGAGAUGUGAAAACAGCAAAUAUUCUGUUAGAUGAUGAUUAUACAGCAAAAGUGUCAGAUUUUGGAGCUUCCCGAUUGGUUCCUUCAGGUCAAACUGAUAUACAAACUUUAGUGCUUGGGACAUUUGGAUACCUGGACCCUGAAUAUCUGCAAUCAAACCAACUAACAGAAAAGAGUGAUGUUUACAGCUUUGGAGUUGUCCUAGUGGAGCUACUAACAAGCAAAGUGCCGGUUUCUAGAGAUAGAUGCUUAACAAGCAUCUUUCUUGCUUCCAUGGAAGAAGGUUGGUUGAAUCAAAUACUUGAUGACGGCAUAGUGAAUGAGGGAAACAAUGAGACGGUAAAGAAAGUGGCCAAUCUCGCAAAACGAUGCUUGAGGGUAAACGGGGAGGAAAGGCCUACCAUGAAAGAAGUUGUGAAAGAGUUAGAAGAAAUUAGUGUCAUGGCAAAACAUCCGUGGGGAUUUAAUGCUAAUUUUUGCGAAGAAGAGACUGAAUACUUGCUUAGGUCAGUUAAUUCAGAUGCUUACGUUGUGGGUAAUGGAGAAGGUGAUUGCAGUUCUAGUGGUCUAACCAGUGGUACGACCACUGCGUAUGACAGCAUGCAAAUCGAACAGUUAAUGCCACAUGAUGGUGGGCGAUAGUUGAUAUAUUGGUGUCGCUUGUGAUAUUUCUGUUAUAUAUUCAUUCUCUAG